AUGGACUCGUUGGGGUACUACAGUGGCAUUCCUGGUGCUCUCUUCUUCUGGGACGGCAUCCAGUGGCAACGAUAUGAGGAUUUCUCCUUCGCUGACAGAGCUGCCGUUGACGGAUGCAUCUACUGGAGAGACUCGCGGGGGCUGUACUGGUGUAGAGACGUGAAGGGUUCCUAUGGUCCAGCGAAGCAGCAGUACCACAGUGAAGAUGGGAGGCUGUGGUUCGGGGACGGAGAUGCAUGGGUGGAAAUGUCUGCGAGCGCUUCGAAAGUGAUGAAAGCGACGAAGAAACCGCAGGAUGGCAAGGAGCAGCGACGUGGCGCGAAAGGGAACGGCAAGGGAGGUGCUAAGUCUCAAAAGGGCAGACAAGCUUUUGUUCCUUUUGAGCAGGACAUGCUGGCAGCAAUUGAUCAGGACAAUGAGGUUCCGCGCGAAAUUCUGAUCAAGCUCUUCGGCAAGGAUGGCACCCAGGUGAUUGAGACACAGAACGCUCAUUUGAAUGCGAUGUUCGACUUGGAUUGCAGUCAAAGGAAGCCCGUGCUCUGGCCGGAACUUCCUCUCAGGUUGUGA